AUGCAGGUGCGUGCGCCGCUGCACGGUGACGUCCUCCCCGGCCACGCCAUCGUGCUCAGCACGUCCUCGUCCUGGAUGCGCCGCCAGAUCGAGUCCUGGGACGCGGCCGACGGCCAGCACCCCAGCAUCACGCUCCGCGUGCGCCCCGGCCAGGAGGCGGCGGCGCGGCGGCUGGUGCGGUUCAUUUACGAGGGGCCGGCCAGCAUGCCGGGGGCGGGGGCGGCGGCGGGCGGAGGCGCGAGCGGGCAGGCGACGCAGGCGCUGUUGGUGGAUAUGCUGGCGCUCUCUCACGCCUACAAAGUGCCCACGUGA